GCCUACAGAGGCCAAGAAAUUGCACUGCUCUGUCUGGCAUAAUUUAAAUUCUUCCAAACAAGUCAUAUUCACCUGCACCGGAGCAAUCAUGGCUAAGAUUGCCUUGGGAAAUGCCCGAGAGGCCUUUCAAUCGGACUGCAUCCAGGCCCUUAUUGUGGAAUUCAUUUGCACGUUUCUUUUCGUGUUCGCCGGGGUCGGCGCUGCCAUGGCUACCGCCGGAUUCCGCGUUUCCGGUGGCCACAUAAACCCUGCUGUCACCCUCGGCCUAUUAGCAGGCGGCCAUAUCACUGUCGUCAGAUCAAUCCUCUACUGGAUUGAUCAGUUAUUAGCUUCUACAGCAGCUUGUGCUCUGCUCAAGUACCUAACUGGAGGAUUGGUUAGUAUUAGUAUAUCUUUGCCUUAUACGAAUGCACUCAGUUUUGUCUUUAAAGACGCAUAAUCCUAAAAAAAAUUGAAAUCUCGUUUCAUUCACUUCGGCUUCCCAUCUUAAUGAUCUCGGUUAGUCAAGUAAAGUGACGUAGAGAGCGACUUCUAAAUGGUUGGCCCAAGUGGUGGAAUGUGACCCGGUUUGGCCCCUUGUGCUCUAUCUCGCAUUUACUUAAUACACAACUUAUUGAGCGACUGAGAUGAUGACACAUGUUGCUAGUUGAACUGUUGGAUGCAUUAUGACCUUUCAUAUUCUAGUCUCUCUCCUUUUUUU